AAAUGAGUGGUUAAGUUAAAGAGUGGUUUGCAAAGACAUUAAGCAGAUUGGUUGGGACUAAGGAGGCAGAGGGGAAAUGGCGACGAGGAGCAAAGCAGAAGCAGAAGCAGAGGGAGAAGGAGAAGGAGAAGGAGAAGGUGGUGGCAAUAAGAUCGUAUGGAAGGAAGCGGAGCAGAGAUUCGAGACGGAGGACAAGGAGGCGUUCGUGCAGUACGUGUUGAGAGAGAAGGGAAAGGUGAUGGAUUUGGUCCACACCUUCGUUCCCCCUUCCAAGAGAGGUCUCGGCUUGGCUUCCCUCCUCUGCGUCGCCGCCUUUCACCACGCCCAAUCCCGCUCCUUAUCCAUCGUCCCCUCCUGCUCCUAUGACACAUUUCUUCCCCGGAACCCAUCUUGGAAUUCUGUUGUGUACACAGAGGGCGGCAAAUCUAAUAUCUGAACUUACCAAGCUCCGAGGUGUGCUUCUGAGGAACCAUUUGUGUGGUAAUAUCUGGUUCUCUGUCUGAAUAAUAGUACUUAGCCUGCGACACUUUUUAUUAUAAUAAAGUAAUAAACAAAUAACCUCUCAUUUGUCAAAAAAACUUGUAAUUAUUGGUUGUCUCAGUGCAUUCCUUAUCACUAAUGUCAAAACAUAAUGAUUAAGUGCUAAGGUACAAAAGGGAUUCAAUUUCUCUUUUGUGACUUAUAAGAGCAAGAUUUUCUUGCAGUUGCAUCUUGUAUGUCGAAUAGAUACCCGUGGAGUGAUACAAAUUUAUAAACAGAACUUACUUUGGUCUAA